AAAAGAUGACUUCUUCUCUUAUAGCAAAUUCUCAUCAUCACCACACUUGUAACAGUAUACGUGAUCUCCAGAGCAAACGAAGAGCUAAUGAUGCAACAAUGCGUCAACCCUCACCCUCACCAACAGCACUUCCAGUUUUGCGUUGAAGCACCACCGGAAUCCAAGGCUGCAGCCGCGUUGAGACAGUGUGGUUUGGGUUAUGCGACGAAGCGUGGCGUGAGAGAAACCGACGCUUACUUGAUAGCUAGAGACUAUGACAAGGCUGCGUAUGACGUCAGCAUGACGGUGGAGGCUCCUCUAGUUUCGUGCCUCGUCAGUCUCAUGACACUUGAAUUCAAUAUGCCCUCAAGUUACCAUACGGAGGUUUACUUGGCGUCGACUCAAGCUUUGCUCAAGAUCAUUGAUCGCUUCUAGAUAGUUUUUAUAUUUGUCGACAAGUCAUUGUCUUAUCUAGAGUUAUCAUCAAUGUCUAGUUAAUUAUGUCUAGGCUCUCAAAAUUUACAUCGAACUUUGCUUCUUCCGUUUAUUUUAAUCAUUUCACGAUUGAAUGAAAAAUAGUAAGAAAACUUAUUCUUUCACUUUAAACAUCUCUAUCAGAGUUUACAAAAGAAAAAAAAAAUCUCUAUCAGAAAAGAAGAUAUAAUCAACAAACUCUUUUAUCAAAUUUUAAUUUUCUAACAAAACUCAUUCUAUAUUAUUUUCCACUUGAACAUGAAACUAACUCAGGACUCAUGGAGCGGAUAAUUUCUUGCAUUUUUGUGAAUUGUUCAUAUUACAUAGUAGUAUUGUAGUUGAAAUGGUUCAUGAUCAUGUUGCUAAUUAUUCUGAUUCAAAGUCAAACCUGAUAUUACAUUUUUAGAUUAGAGAACCAAAUAACAAUUCUUUUUAUUUUGAGAAAACCAAAUAAUAAAUCACAUUCUCUCUUUGUCCUUGAUUUUUGUCUCUCUUUCUGGUUCAACUUCUUUUAGAACUAUGAGAAAUGAACAGAAACUUGGUAUUCUAUUUUCUAGGAAUAAAGAAAGAUAAUGCUAGGGCGGCAACUCGAACCCGGUAAUAUGUAGAACAAAAUCAGAAUAUAUCUAUACAGUAAAUACCAGUUUUCUUUAUAUUUAUAUUUAUUUUUAUCUUUAUAUUUAUUUCUGGCGGCAUAAACAAUAGAAAAUGCAACUAGCUCUGACAAGGAUACUCUUCAAAAGUGGAUUGAAUUUUAUGUAAAAUGAGAACCAACUUUCAUGCCUCUUUUUUUUUCUUCAAGGGAACAGCUACAUAUAUGAGAUUCACUUCUCAGGCAACAUGCACCAGCAACAAUAGCCAAACACAAAUUGCACAAAUUCACUUUGAGCUUUUUUUCUCAUUGAAUUCUUUCAUUUAUAUUUCUUUCGGAAUUUCCCUGAAAAUGUUCUUUCUUUUGUUUCGACAACAAUAUAUAUAUAUAUAUAUAUAUAAAGAAAUCUGAAAUUUUGGGACAGUUUAUAAUACAUUUAAAAAGAUUUACUGUCUAUAUCAGUUUUAUUUUGUAGAAUAAUGAAUGGUUAUUUUCAGUGUAUGAUAGUUAAAGGUAGGAAUCUUUUCAGAUAACAAAGAUCGAACUAAGAUAUCAGUUUCUCUUUAAUUUAACAGAACACAUGGAAGCAAGAUUUCCAGGAACCACUUUCUGAGUUUGAACUUUGAAUGAAAAGCCAAAAAAAAAGAAUUAUAUAUAAAAAUAAUAAAAAAGGUAUUGAUCCUUUGAAGAAAAACACGACGCAGAAUUUCAGAUAUUGAGAAUUAACUAUUCUUGUGAUUGUUGAGUGUUUUUAGGGCAUAUAUAAUCGAAUCAACAAAUAGGAAGAUAGUAGAUAAGUUUGAAGUAGGUCAUAUCCUAUUUCUAUACAUGUAUGCAAAGCAAUUUGUUAAAAUCAAUAUCCAUGUUAUUUUUACUACAAUAGAUGGCAUAUAACUGACAUCUUAUAAAGUUACAAAAAAAACUGACAUCUUAUAAGAUGCAGUUUUAAAUAUUUAGGAUAUCUUCUUUUUUCUCAUAAAAUAUUUUAUUGUCUAUUCCACGAGACUAGUUUGAAAUUAAGAAGAUCACGGAAAUAGAAUCCAAUAUUGUGAAGUUGUACAACUUCACAUGUAACAAGACAAAGUAAGGAAAAACAUGUCAUACUUUAAUCUUUGUAUGCAUAUUCAGUCAUGUCAUGACCCAUCCAUCAUCUUUCUUCGAAUCUUUCAUCUCAUUGAACAAGUUUGGAGGCGGUCCUCCGUGUUUUAUAAUAAUCCUUAUAAUCUCAUCCAUAUGCCUUAUUUGAUUUUUGGCAGUCUCAACUUUUUUCUUAUUCUUAAAAACUAAAGAACACGACAUGAUUGGUAGUAGGUUUGUUGAAGGUUGAAGGAUUAUAUGAUUCUAGUCCUUCAAUGUUAAACUGCAAAAAAUGGGCUUCGGGAAGUAGUCAUGAUCUCCCCCCAUUAUUUAAAGAAUCGAUAUGCGACUAAGUUUUAGAUAGAACUUGCAUAAUCAAGAUAAUAAGAGCAUGCAUGGUUUUCAUGCAAUAGCACUAUCAUUAUGUAACCGGAGUAUAUCAACUGAACCGUGGAAAGAAAGGGUGAGUUAAGUCACAAAUCUAAGUUUGUUGUCAAUUUUGUAAAUAAAUUAUUCAGUUAAAGAAUAUAUAAGAAGGGUGUCUUCUGAAGUCGUGGGGCUAUUUUGUAGUUGGAGUAAGCAAUAAUUUAAAUGGGUGCAAAAUAUUGGAAUUGAACAUGUGUUAAGAUUCUGGGGCUAGGGGUAGGGUUUCUCUUUACGUAGUUUUCAUAGCGUGUGUGUUUGUGUACGGCCAUUGCUAUAACGCGAAAACAUUAUUCUCAUUUUAUAAAUUCUUCUUUUUCUGUUUUAUGAGAAAAAGACGAGACAAGAACAUUGGCAGCUGGGACAAUUGGUGUGGCUUAAAU